AUGCAACGCCGCACAAGAACUCUCGCUCAAAUCGAGCUCCUCCCGACAGAACUCCAACAAGAAAUCAUGUCACGGGAUGCUAAGUUCUCAAUCGAUGCCCUACACAAUCUCAUUAUAGCAUCCCCUACUCUAGCCGACGUUGCCGCAGAUCCACACGUAUACAAGAACAUCAAUCUCCACACCCUCACAGUCUUUCCUCUCACAACCCUAACCAUCUACAAAGAUCUGAUGGAACGAUGCCUUAACGCCGGUAACGUCCAAGCUCACUACAUACGUGGGUUACAAGAAUAUUUCCACCACAACAACAUCGCCGCUGGUUUGCCUCAUAUCAAAAUCGCUGCAGAAGGUUUGUACGACAACACCAUAUACCUUUAUGCUCUAAUAAUGAUGUGUAGUGGACAACAAGAAAUAGGAAGAACGAUGCUCGAUUCACUCGGAUGGAGAACCAACAAGAAACGUGCCGACACCUGCUGGAGAAACAUUAAGAAGUCACUUCAUGGCGUCCAAGUUAUAACUCUAGACACCACUACGGACGCUUACAGAGAGGCUAGAGAACCAAUCACAUGUCACCGAUACCAGAUGCGGGUUCGAUGUGAGCACUGCUACUAUUACAAGCAGAUCUACAAAUUUACUUUCACAGUUUAG